AUGAUCUGCUUGGACCCUGAAAAAGAGAGCAACGAAGGGGAAGACGUGGUGGUGUUUUUGUGUCUGAUUGAUUUCAGCCCCUUUGCGCCCACACAUAGUUCCCAUCAAAAAUUAUGUUGCCCUCACAGUCUCAUAUAUCAAAUACCUAUUACACCUCCUUCAUCAAUUCAUCAGUUUUCUUCCCCAUCGGCUACGGUUCUACUGUAUCGAUGCUUUCUCGACGUACCGGUUACUAACACUGGUGGUAGAAGAAGACGGUGGAUCGGCGGUACCAUACCAAGCGCCUAUACAUAUGGCUACGAACCCCAUACCAAAUGGCUUCGUACCCAAUCGGGGUACGAAAGCAUUCCAGACGAUUCCCGGAUUGUAAAUCGGUACGGAGUCAAGAUAGUUCCAAAUCGGAAAGAUCCCAUAUCUCCAACAGAUCAACGGAUGACCACAGUCGUGUUUCGAGGCAGACCCAUUUCGAUGCAGCAACGACAUGGUAGUUUGAUUGUUGAAGUCUAUCGCAUUAUAGAAGAGACUGUUGACCAAUUUUUUGCUCUAAAGAUUCCUAUGAGAUCUGGAGAAAUGAACAGCCUGUUCCGAGGCAUUAAUAAUGCACUUCAAGUAUAUUCAAAGCAUGUUGUUGACAACUUGAGAAAAGAAAGCUUUGAUGGAAGUAGGAAAGAUAUUAAUGCAGCCAUUGACCGGAUUUGUGAGUUCACAGGAACUAAGAUAAUUUUCUGGGAUCUAAGGGAGCCAUUCAUUGAAAACCUAUAUAGACCUAGUGUUUCAGAGUCCAGGUUGGAAACAACACUCAUUGAGCCUCUUGAUGUGGAACCAACUCAACUAUGUGAUAUCAUUGUGGAGCCACUAAGAGAUCGAAUUGAGUUGAAGGAUUUUGUUCCAGCCGCCAUUGAUGCUCUGGAAGAGGUGAUUAAUGAUUAA